CUUUUUUUUUGUAACGGAGAAUAGACCGUACCAUUUCAAACCAGUUUCCAAAACAGCAAUGGCGUCCUUAAAAAUUUGUAACCGAACUGUACAAGGAAAAACUGACAAAAUAACACUUAAUUUUGUAAAUCUGAAAGGCAACUCAUUGUUUUUAAAAGAGGAAGUUUCUAAAGUCAUUAACUUACCUCCUUCUGACAUCGAAUUAAUUUACUGUGGUAAAAAAUUACAAGACAGUGAACCACUAGAGGGUGCUGGUUUAAAAGCAGGUGCUACAGUUUUUGCUUUAAAGAAAUUUUUAGCAGAGAAAGAUGACUCACACGAUAUGAUGGCAGAUGUAGAUGUCAGACAGUUAACACAAACAGUUAGAGCAGCCUUGGUGACACAAGACUAUUCUGCUAUAGUAGAAAGAAUGGUGAACAAUCCAGAGACACUAGAAAAUGUUAUUGCAGCUUCUCCAGGCUUAGAGAAAGAUCCAGUAGCUAUUGCUAUGCUUCAAGACAGGGCUUUGUUAGCUAUUUUAGCUCACCCUGGAAAUAUAAGACAAAUUUUAGAGAAACAUCCAGCAUUUGGCCAAGCAGCAAUGAUGGUUGCAGCAGCUGUUUGCGAAGAAGGCUCUAAGAUGGAGGCUGGUGCAGAAAGAUUAGCCCCUGGUGCCUACUCAUUUGAACAAAUGUCUGACGAUGAAGAUAUGGAACCACAAAACAGACAAGGAACUUCCGCUCCAAGAUCAGCUAUAACACCAGCACAGUUAGCAGCUGCCUUAGCCUCAGCAGGGGGCCCAUCUCAGCCAGAAGCUAGUCCGCAACCUCAGGGAGGACCACCUAUCAUCUCUAGUGAUUUCUUCUCACAAGCAAUUGACCAAGCACAACAAAGAACGACUGCACCAUCUGAUGAUCAGAUACAACAGUUACGUGAUAUGGGUAUAACUGAUGAAGCUCUAGCUAGGAGAGCACUACAAGCAACUGGGGGAGAUCUACAAGCAGCUCUUGAUCUCAUCUUUGGAGAUGGACAUUUUUAAAAAACUGUGAUAUUAAUAUUUAUGUUGUUGUUUUGUUUUUGCAAAUUCACAUGAAUUAAAUACAAAAAUUGCUAAUAAUUUUCAGACGUUCUUUUAAAAAGUAAUUUUCCCGACUAGAUUUAUAAAUUACAGAUUUUACUUUCAGUUUUGAGACAGUGAGGUCCAGCUACUUUACUAAAUUUGAUUCAUAGCUUUAAAUUAUUAAAGUAUUUAAUUAUUAUUUACAUGACCAAAUCAGAAACAGAAGCUUGUUUUAUAAAUUUUUCAUUCAAUAUGCCUUUCGCAGAAAUUUUCAAAGAAAACAUGUCAUAUUUUAAUAAUUAUUUCCAGGGUGUAUGUAAAAUGUUUGUUAUUUUGUUUAUUUGCAUAAUAUUGCAUAGUAUAUGUGAAGUGUUCUGUAACAGCAAAAUGUUGUGAUAUGUACUUCAUUAAAAUUUUAUGAUUUAUA